CUUGACACACUGGGCAUCCGAUCCUUCUUUUCUCCUUUGGUACUUUCAUUUUAACUUGCACCCUUUAUAACUUUUUCCUUACCUACAGAAAUUGGGAGUGGCUUAGGAACAAACAUCUAAUGGAAAAUAUCCUGAAGGAGCUGUUCCAUCUGAAGGUUCUCCUGCUGCUGAUCGUUGCCGCAGGGAUGGGAGGAACACUUCAGCAUGGGCUCAAUGUGUCUCUCAUUAACGCACCAUCUGUUUACAUUCAGUACUUUAUCAAUGAGACCUGGUUGGAACGAUAUGGCACUGUGAUGGAAGAGCAGCUAAUAAAAAUUAUCUGGUCGGCCAUUAUAUCAGUGUAUCCAGUUGGAGCUGUUUUUGGAGCAUUCAUUGCCGGGCAUCUGUCAGCCAAAUAUGGAAGGAAGAACAGUCUGAUAUUCAACAAUGUUGUGGCAAUAGUGGGAGCGGUAAUAGUGGGUUUCAGCAGGAUGGCAAAAUCCUUUGAGAUGAUCCUUGUGGCCAGAUUCCUGUAUGGAGUAAACGCAGGGAAUGGUAUGAAUAUUCAUUGUAUGUACCUUAUGGAAUGUUCUCCAAAGAAGUUACGAGGGCUUGUGACCAUCACUACAGCAAUAUUCAUUUCCCUGGGUAAAUGCUUAGGACAGAUCGUUGGACUCAGAGAGAUUUUAGGCAGUGAAAGUGUAUGGCCUUUAUUGAUGGCCUUCAAUGCCAUACCUGCCUUUAUACAGCUUGUUAUCCUGCCCUGGUUUCCAGAGAGCCCCAGAUACCUCCUGAUUGACAAAGGAAACAGGGCUUUGUCCAUAAAUGCACUUCAAAGACUAUGGGGCAAACGUGACUUCAAUCAAGAGCUUGAAGAAAUGCAAGCUGAGCGGACCGCAAUAAGGGAUGAAAGAUCAAGAAGUGUGUGGGAGCUCUUCAGGGAUCCCUCCAUUCGAAGCCAACUGGUCAUCAACAUGAUGGUGUCAUUUUUUAUGCAGCUCAGUGGCAUUAAUGCUAUCUAUUCAUAUGCCUUUGAGAUUUUCUACGGGGCAGGAAUUUCCAGGAAUAUAAUCCCGUACGUGUCCAUCGGGACUGGGCUGAUUGAAACGCUCAUGUUGCUAAUCUGUGGCUUCUUUGUUGAACGAACUGGAAGAAAGUCCCUUCUCUGUGGGGGCUUAGGCUUUAUGGGCCUGUGGACAGGACUUUUGACGAUCACCUUUGCUUUGCAGCAUCUUGUCAGCUGGAUGCCGUACUGCAGCCUCGUCUUCAUUUUCGCUUACAUUAUCAGCUACGGACUUGGUCCAGGCGGAGUGGCUCUCAUCUUACCCUCGGAAAUAUUCCUGCAGUCUGAUCGGCCGGCUGGCUUUGUCAUCAAUGGCUUCCUCAACUGGUUUGGCCUUUUCCUUCUCGGAAUAUUGUUCUCCUCCAUGGUUGACAGUCUGGGCUACCUCUGCUUCCUGAUCUUCAGUGCAGUCUGCUUAGUGCUCUCUGUCCUGGGUUCCUUCAUCAUAGUCGAAACAAGGGGCAAGACACCACUCGAAAUCACCGAAGAAUUCAAGACAAGAAAGCUCUUCCAAAACACACUGCUCCAUGUGCCAGCUAACGGUUCACUCCCACAAAGCACUGUGGAGAUUAUCAUGUCAACGGCAUUCUAAUCUCUGGAAAAUGUCCUUCAAGAGAAACGAAUGAUGCAUUGAACUGAGCAGCAAAGUUGCACAUUGUAUCGUGUGAUAAACCCUGUGCUCCUGACAAGGGAAGAGUUUUAAUUUAGUCAAAAAUUAUACUGGUUGCCUAUAGUACUGACUGGUGGGCAAUAGGGCAAGGCUGUCCUCUGGAUAAAGUGCCCCUUUCGUCCAUCUGCAGGCAUGCACCCUACCUGUUACGAUGCGGCAGUUAUAUUUAUAAUUGUUUUUUAAGACAGGUUUUUAUAUCAAAGGAAAUCAGGUAGUCGCUCAAAAGUCUUUAAUAGAAUAGUUCCAGCAAUAUGUGUAAGGCCUGUUUCCAUGGAAACUUCAGUCUUCUGCUAUAUGUUAUCAACAUGAACCUGAUAGAAUGUUGUUGCAAUGCCCUCAUUAUUAAUGAAUUUAAACUGCUAGUGUGAGAAACUGACAUACUCAUAUUUUUUAUUGAAAUGGAAAUGUGCUAUGUACAUCUUACUGGGGUUAGUCUUAGUUUUAAAAUAUAUGUAGCACAUUCACUUCAGUUUUGUUUCUGCUACAGCAGUGCUGGGAUUCAAACCUUGCUGGUUUAAUACAUCAUAGUUUAACAUUUCCUUUCCUCUUUGUGUAAGAUCAGCAUUUUGUUAUUUGCUGACAGGCGACAACUCACCUGAUAAGAAACUAAACCCAGGCAGUCUCCAGCAUCCACAAGUGGUUACAGUGCGCAAAACAGAAAUGUUCCUUCUUCAGCAGCAGCUACCCUCAGCCUUCAGCCUUAAUAUACUGGAACCCCUGCUGAUGGAUUCCUGAUUACCCACCAUCUAUACAGGCCAGGUAGGGAUAGGCACAAGAUUGCAGACCAGGGUGAAAUAAAACAACAUUCCCACCAGUAGGUGUCAGCUGGUAACCAUUCCAAGCAAGGAAAGUCCUACCAAAAUUCAAAGUAAAUUUUAUUAUCAAAGUACGUAUAUGUCACCAUAUACAGUUCUGAGAUAACUGUAUCAGGAUCAAUGAAAGAUCAACUCGUGUUCAGAAGACAACAAACGGUGCAAAUGCAAAUAUAAAUAAA